UUAAUUAUAGUUUUGUGGAAAUAAAUUUACUUUUCUAAUAUCUAAUAACAUUUUAAGAAAACGUAAGGUGGGGGUUGGACGAUAACAGAGUUGUCAGAUGGCUGAGUAAAGUUCAACUACCGGUAGCAAAAAAAAAAAAAGCGCGCUACUACUGCAGUCUGCUUUUAGUACGUUACAUACUGUGCCAAUUUGUUCUUUGGAUUGGCUUUGUUUGUUUGUUGUUUUUUGGUAUAUUCUGAAAUGAACGAUUUCAGUUUGGAUUUAAGUAGCGUUUAUGGUGUGUAAUAUGUUAGUUGGGUUGUGUAUUUCAGCGUGUAGUGUUACUGUAGCAUAAUGAAUGGGCAGAGUUAGUUAUUUACAGAUAUUUGUGCAUAGCAAGCCUAUUGACGGCGUUUAACUGGCAGUCGUCAGAAAUUGUUUGGUGGUGGGACAUUAAAAGAAAACCCGCCAAAUAGUCAUUGAUAAAUAUUACAACCGACCGCUUGUUGUAAUGAAUAAUUGCAUUCCCAUUGUUAAACCGAGUAAAAUCGAGCUCCUUGUGUGGUCAAAAUGAGGUGAAACGGGGUAACAUGAAGAGGUUUUUUCAGUAACCAAGUAACCAUAUUUUCUAAGUAGUUGGUAGCUACUCGUAGUAAUGACAUACGGCUUAGUUUUGUUAGAUUUUCAACAGUUUUACAAGUGCUUUACUUGUACAUUUUACUUUCUUUUACAGCCCUCUGGGAGUUUGAGCCCAGGAGGUUCAGCUGGCUCAGAUGACCAUGAAUUCGAUCCUUCUGCGGAGAUGCUGAUACAUGACUAUGAUGAUGAGCGGACGCUGGAGGAAGAAGAACUGAUGGAACGGGAAACCAAUUUUAGAACUGAGAUUGAAGAUCUUGCUCGGGAAGGUGAUAUGCCGAUUCAGGAGCUCCUUAGUUUGUAUGGCUAUAGGGCUGGAGGAUCUCCUGAGGAAGAGGAGGAUGGAGAGGUGGAGGAGGAAGAGGAAGAUGAGGAGGAGUUGGAGGAUGUGGAUAAUGACGAGAAUAGUGGUAGCAGUGGGGACAUGCAGGGGACUAAGGAGGAGGGAGUUAAAGAUUCUUCAGAACAAGAGGAUGAGACUCAGUCCUCCAACGAUGACCAAGCACAAUCUGUCACUUCCCAUGAUACAUCUGAAUUAAUCUGCCCACAAAGAUGUAAAUACUUUGAAAGUAAUGAUGCUGAAGAAGAAUCAGAAGAGGAUGAAGAUUAUAUUCCAUCUGAAGAUUGGAAAAAAGAGAUCAUGGUUGGCUCCAUGUACCAGGCUGAAACUCCAUCUGGCCUUUGCAAAUAUAAAGAGAAUCAGAAAGUGUAUGAGAACGAUGACCAAUUACUGUGGAAUCCAGAAUUUGUGCCUGAAGAUAAAGUAGUAGAGUUCUUGACUGAAGCUUCAAAACGCUCUGGUGAAGAAAAGGGAGUUGAAGCUGUUCCUGAAGGAUGUCAUAUCAAGGACAAUGAACAGGCACUGUAUGAGUUGGUAAAGUGUAAUUUUGAUACUGAAGAAGCACUACGAAGACUAAGAUUUAAUGUUAAAGCUGCCAGAGACGAACUGUCAGUAUGGACAGAGGAAGAAUGUAGGAAUUUUGAACAAGGACUAAAGGUAUACGGAAAAGAUUUUCACCUGAUCCAAGGGAACAAGGUGAGAACUAGAUCAGUAGGAGAAUGUGUGGCCUUUUAUUACAUGUGGAAGAAAUCUGAGCGUUAUGAUUUCUUUGCACAGCAAACCAGGCUUGGAAAAAGGAAAUACAAUCUUCAUCCUGGUGUCACGGAUUAUAUGGACCGUCUCCUAGAUGAAACGGAAAGUGCUGCAUCAAGUCGUGCAGCUUCUCCACCCCCUACUACCUCCAACAGCAGUGCCAGCCAUUCAGAGAGGGACGAUGGCAGUAAUCAGAACGGAAUAGCUGCUCAUGACCCAGCUGAAGCAUUGUCCUGUUUGAAUGAAGUUAAAACUGAAGGUUUAUUGGCAAAUGGACCAGCCAGUCACACCCAAGAAUGUCCUCCUAUAGAAAAAGACAUGAAUGGCUAUAGCAAACAGGACUCCCUGAGCGAUAGAGAAUGUGCUAUUGUGACUGAAGGUAAUGACAACAGUAAGCAUGAGGAAAACUAUGAUAAACCUACUAAGAGAAGGAGGCUUGACCAUAAUGUCGCCAGUGAGACGGAUAAACCAGGUACCUCUGCACAAGAGACAAGUUCUGGUCUAAAAUCUGAAGACUAACACAAAAUGACUGAAUUGAUAGAAUGGCUUUUGAAGAGCAUAACCAAAUCCUUGGUAGAAAUAAAGCUGGGCUUCCGGGACCUUCAGGGUUUACCAGUAAACAGCCAAGAAUAAGUUUGAUUGUAAUUGCGUGUACCUGCUACAUGCAAUCAGAUUCUCUUAUAACUUCAGACAAAAUCAUGUUAUUAAAUUUUAAAAGUUACAUUGUGCCCUUUUGGAAACUUUUGCAGACCUACUGACAUUUUCAAUCUGUAUUUCUUACUAAUAUUUUUGUACUUUUAAAAGAUACUUAUAUUUUUACUAAGUGUAUGAUUUGGAAACAUUAAGCCAUCUGAUAUAAGAGGUCACUGUCUGGCAAACCAGAAAUCUCUUACAAUGAAAAAAAAGGGAUGCAGUAGCUCUAUUGGCACACAAUCUUGCACUUUUUCUUGUACAAGAGUGUAGUUAACUGACUGCACCUCGUUGAAGCAAAUAAGAAAAUAUUGUAAAUCCUGGAAGCCUUACAUGUACAGUACUCUUGUUUUUAUAAGAAACAAAUGAGCCUAUGGCUGUCCAUAUGGCUUGUUUAUCUAUGUCUUGACAUCAGUGAUGUCUUGUAUAUUAGUGAUUUAUUCUUGCAGGUAAAAUACAUCCAGUAUUUUUGCAGAUUCUUUGUAGACUUGAAUUAUUUUUUUUUUAGAAAUUACUUUUAAAAUGGUGUCCUUUCUGUAAAGCUUGUACAUUAGUUUUCAUAUCUUGUACAGUUCUUACACUUUUAUAAUGAGAAACAAAAAAUAUAUAAUGCUAAGAAUGGAAGUGAGCCUCUGUAUUGGCAAAAGCUUUACAUUGUUGCCAGGCUGUUUUGGUGUAGUUUCCUUUUAAAAAUUUGUUGGCGAGAUCUGACAUUCAUUAUUUCUGAAACUAGUGUUGCACAUGUUUGUCAAACCAAGUUGUAACUGGCAUGUGACAAGCAGCAUCAUGUUAAUUUAAUUUGCAUUUACUGCAUUGAAGAAUUAAUCUGUUUAAAAAAAUAAAUAAAUAAAAAAGCUGUC